CUUCCUCCAAUAAAUACAUAUAUAUACAUACAUACAUGUGUACAUGUUCACAUAUUCCGUCCUAGCUAGCUAGAAAUCAUUACACGCCAUCGAUCUAGCUAGAAAAAAGAUAUGAUAAUUGUGUCUUGCUUCAAUACAUUCUUACAUGGGUUGUCAAGGCGUUGGCCAUUAUUGGUGUAUGCGACCACUUGGACCGCCGUUCUCACUGUUACCGUGGCACUGACAUCCUUUGCUCCGGAACUGGCGUUUGUAUGGGCCAUAACACCAACUUCCUCCUUCUCUCGAGUAUGUCGUCAAGAUCAAAAGGAAUCAGAAAGCAUAUUGGUGAGGGUCCCUUUUGAUGUUCCCUCUGAGUUCUUUUGUCUUCCAGCCGAAAUGUUCAAGAAGUCCAAGAUGGAUUUGAUGGUGCCACCCAUCUUUGCUGCGAUCGUUGUGGCUGCCUCGGCAUGUUUGGUCCGAGCUUUCGGUUUGUGGGAGGUGGAUGAUGAUCUAGAGGCUCAAUGACGACACACAGAUUUAAUCGUAUCCAAACACGUACAA